GUUAGAACAACUGCACACAACGAAGCCGUCGAGGCCCGAAUAGCCGUGAACAAGCCUGCCAUGUCCGGGACGGUCCUUAGCACGCUGUGCAGCAUCUGCCACACAGAGCCACCCAAGUACAAGUGCCCGCGAUGCGGCGUGCGAACCUGCUCCGUGCCGUGCGUCCAGAAACACAAGGCCCGCGCCGACUGCGAUGGCGUCCGCAACCCCAGAGCCUUCAUGCCAUUGAAGCAGCUCAAGACCCCCGCCGGAGUUGACCACGACUACAACUUCUUGACCUCCAUUGAGCGCGCCCGCGAGCGGGCCGAAAAAGAAGUUCUCGAGGCCCGCCGGCUGCUGAGCGAGAAGGACCUGCGACCGAAGAACGAGGACAAAGUAUUCCAGAAGGUCUGGUACGGUGACGAGCUGCGCCAUGUCCCGGUGCAAUCACAGCCGUACGGAAAACCGGAAGGUCCGGCGUUCAUUGACGGGUUUGACAAGCAUGUUCGCCGGCGGUUGCGGUACCUCAACAUUGACGCCAUCACCAUGCCCAAGGGCAUGGCACGGCAGAGAGAGAACAAGACGGCCUGGAAUAGGCGGACACAAUCCAUCAACUGGCAGGUCGAGUGGCUCGUCUACAGCGCGUCCGACCUCGGUUUCACAUCGGCGCUACACGACCAACAACAACCUCUCCGCAUUCUCUGCAAAACUCUCGAGGGCACCGCCCUCCACUCCGGGUUAGCGUCCGCGCUUGACUGGCAUCGCGGCCAGCUCGACCGCCGAAGCCGCGAACAGCCCGACCCGACCGAAACUGACAAUGAAGCCGAGUCGGAUGACGGCCCCCCGGCCGCGAAGAAACGCAAAACCCAUCACCACAACAAGAACCAAUUCCCCACCGUCUGCCCGAUCCAAGAUCCAUCGACCAGCACCUGGUCCUCGGCCCCGUACUCCUUGCAGUACCAGCCCACAACUGCCUGGUCUCAGACCAUUACUCUUCCGCACGCGGAAACCACUCUGGAAGAAAAGCUUAUGUCGUGGGAUUUCUACCUUGUCAACGUCGUCCCGCCGCCGCUAGCAGCCUUUGCGACGGCCACCAACGACGGGAAGAACCAAACAAAGAAGGGGGGCAGCAAAACAAUCAUUCCGCUUUCGUCGACAGAAAGUCUCACCGCUGCGUUGUCAGGACGCAGAGUACUCGAAUUUCCUACCGUCGUUGCGGUUCCGGGCGGGUGGGGGCCGCCGGCGGGGUACACGGUUGAGCUGGACGAGAGGCCGGACAGGAUCCGGGGGGCUGCCGGACGGGCAGCACGGGCGCAUCGAAGGGGCGCUAAUGCGGACAUGAGUGCCGAUACUGGCAAUACUGGCGAUGCUGGGGAGACGCUGCCGCGUCCCGGCCCCGCCAAGCGCCCGAGACGACAGGGUGCCGAUGGCGCUGGCGGCAGGGGAGGGAAAAGGUUCAGGUCCAGCCCCAGCCCCAGCCGGACUGCGGCGCUGCCACGGGAGGAGCUUGUCGGGCAGCAUCAGCAGCAGUCGGAUGACGAGGGCGAUGCUGAGGAGGGUGAGGUGAACAGCGACGGGGACGAGGUCAUGGGUGAAGCGGCGGACGCCGACGGGUAUGUCGAGGAGGCGGACGAUUCAGAUUCGGAGGAUGGUAGCAGCAGCACGACAAUGGGCAGGGAGGACGAGGCUGGGCAACCUCAGCAGCAAGAGGAGAACCGACCAGAGGCAGGCAGGCCGCGUGGUGGGCUGGUCGAUUAUGGGUCGUCGGAUGAGUCGGAUUGACUCCGUCAUAUUCCCGACCCCCGCUGCCAGUGAAACUACGGAGUACAUCUCUGGGUCGAUUGGGACUCGCGUAAUAAACGACGGCCAACUUGUAUGCCUAGGAAGUUGUAGAAGCGCACCAAACGGAGGGCAGAAUCCAACGUCUUCUGUUUUUGUAACGGUCAUUGCGAGGAGA